AAAACAAUGAGCCAAUCACCGAAACUGUUACAACUGAGUAUGACAGAAAUUGAAGUACUCAGACAUGUGAGAUGACAGAAUGUUGAAAGGUCUGGAAAGGUGGAUAAAUUCCUUAUUUUGAACUCAAGAAAACCAUUCAGCAAUGGAAGACUUUGAAGAAGUUGUAUAGAACAUAUAGUCAGAUGUUGAUUCGAUCUUCAGUUCAUUCCCCAUGUUUUCAUGGUUACGUGGAUGUUUCUACAGACACUCUGUGAUGCUUCUGACGCUGCUUAUUUUAUUUUUAUGUGGAAUGUGCCAUGCCACUCACAGUAACACAGUUUAUUUAGAAACGGGUUGUAAUAGUUCAAAAGUGCAAAAAGUUCAGAUUGACUACUCAAGUACAGUCAUUGAUCAUGAGUACAUAGUUUCCUUCAAUGGAUACUACAAGCCCCAGGCCAGGAAGAGGUUCCUGACCGCUGCCCUUCAUGACUCGGGGGUCCUGUCCUGGAAGAUUAUACCCAGGGAUAAUCUGGCUUACGAUUACCCAAGUGACUUUGAUGUUGUAAAGUUGAAUGAUGGCAGUCAUGCUGGUAUUGAGGCUUUGGAGAGUCACCCAAUCAUCAAACGAAUCACUCCCCACAAAAAGUUGUCCAGGUCUCUCAAGUUUGUGAAAGAUGUGGAGCAGAGUGAGGUAGAGGACAGGGAAUGCAAUGAGACGUCCUCCAACAUGUGUCCCCAGACCUUCCACUCCUCGCGCUCGCACAACCGCAAAAGUCUCUCAUUGGGUGCAACCUACUGGCAUUCCCCAGCUCGAUUUAAAGGGAGGCGACUUCUGAGGGCUGUUCCUAAACAGAUUGUAAGUGCUCUACAAGCUGAGAUUCUGUGGAAUAUGGGAUUCACAGGGGCGGGUGUCAAGGUAGCUAUAUUUGACACUGGGCUCUCAGAGAAUCACCCACACUUCAAGAAAGGCAGAAUCAAGGACCGGACCAACUGGACUAACGAAAAAACCCUUGAUGAUGGUCUGGGCCAUGGUACAUUUGUGGCAGGGGUGAUUGCCAGCUACAAGGAUUGUCUAGGAUUUGCACCUGAUGCUGACAUCCAUGUGUACAGAGUGUUCACAAACAAUCAGGUGUCCUACACAUCUUGGUUCCUGGAUGCCUUUAAUUAUGCCAUCCUGAAGAAAAUCAAUGUGCUGAAUCUUAGCAUUGGGGGACCAGAUUUCAUGGACCAUCCUUUUGUUGACAAGGUAUGGGAACUUACAGCCAACAAAGUCAUCAUGAUCUCUGCUAUUGGAAACGAUGGUCCACUGUAUGGCACACUGAACAACCCAGCUGACCAGAUGGAUGUUAUAGGAGUAGGGGGAAUUAACUUUGACAACCAGAUAGCAAGGUUUUCUUCCAGAGGAAUGACCACAUGGGAACUUCCUCAUGGCUAUGGGAGACUGAAACCAGACAUUGUUACCUACGGAUCAGCUGUUCGUGGAUCAGCUCUGAAGGGUGGAUGCAGGUCCCUGUCGGGCACCAGCGUAGCCUCGCCGGUAGUGGCUGGAGCCGUCACUCUCCUGUAUAGUGCUGUGCUGGAUAGAGCGAAUAUCAUUAACCCGGCCAGUAUGAAGCAGGCUUUAAUGGCCUCCGCCAGGAGACUACCAGAGGUCAACAUGUUUGAGCAAGGUCAUGGCAAGCUGGACUUGAUUCGUGCUUAUCAAACCCUGAGGACCUACAAGCCACAAGCAAGUUUGAGUCCUGGAUACAUUGACCUGACAGAAUGCCCCUACAUGUGGCCUUACUGUUCUCAGCCCAUCUACUAUGGAGCCAUGCCUGUUGUAGUCAAUGUAACGGUUUUAAAUGGCAUGGGAGUAUCUGGGGUGAUAGUUAACAAGCCACGCUGGGAGCCAUACAUUCCACAUCAUGGGAACUACAUUGAUGUAACAUUUUCCUACUCCAAAACUCUGUGGCCCUGGUCAGGGUAUUUAGCCAUCUCAAUCUCUGUGGCCAAAUCUGGGGCAUCCUAUGAAGGCAUUGCUCAGGGGCAGGUAACUCUGACAGUGGAAUCACCCCCAGAGGGCGAAGAGACUGCGCCAAGACAGACCAUUUUAAAUCUUCCUGUGAAAGUUCUGAUUAUUUCAACACCGCCAAGAAGUAAGAGGGUGCUGUGGGACCAGUACCACAAUCUGAGGUAUCCCCCAGGCUACUUCCCCAGAGACAACCUGAGGAUGAAAAAUGAUCCGUUAGACUGGAAUGGAGACCACAUUCAUACAAAUUUCAAAGAUAUGUACCAUCAUCUGAGAACAGCUGGGUAUUUUGUCGAAGUCUUAGGUUCGCCCCUGACCUGCUUUGAUGCAAGUCAGUACGGGACCCUGUUGAUCGUAGAUGCCGAGGAAGAAUAUUUCCCGGAGGAAGUAACCAAGCUAAAGAGGGACAUCGAUAACGGGCUCUCAGUGGUCAUAUUUGCUGACUGGUACAAUGUCACUGUCAUGAAAAAAGUCAAGUUUUAUGAUGAAAAUACCAGACAAUGGUGGAUGCCAGAUACAGGAGGUGUCAAUAUACCAGCCCUGAAUGACCUGUUAGCCCCUCUGGGAAUGGCAUUCAGUGAUAAGGUUUACGAGGGAGAUUUUACCCUGGGUGAUCAUGAUAUGUACUAUGCAUCUGGAACCAGUUUGGCCAAAUUUCCGGAUGAUGGUAUAAUUGUCACUCAGACACUCAAAGAUCAAGGACAUGAAGUGUUGAAGGGAUCGUCCGUGUUGAAUGAGAAUGUUCCUAUCUUGGGUGUCUAUCAAACCGUGGUCCAGCCCAGCGGUGGGCGAGUGGUUCUGUAUGGAGACUCCAACUGUCUGGACAACAGCCACAUGCAGAAAGAUUGUUUCUGGAUGCUGAGUGCUAUACUGGAGUACACAGCAUACAACAACCUUGUACAGCUGUUCUCCAAUCAGGACAAAGCUGUCAUAUCACCCAUGGAGUUACCCAACAGGAUGGAAGGAAAUCAUCUACACAGAUACUCAAAAGUACUUGAAGGUCAUCUUGGGACUGCUCGUUCGAGAAUUCUUCCAACAUGUCCGAGAGUGAUCUAUGCUCCGAGUCACCCCAUCAACAAAUCAGCACCAACGAAUCUUUUCCAGCAGCAGAAGUUGCUUUCCGUUCGAUUAGAGGAAUCCUUACCCCUGGGGAGACAAUCCGUGGAGGAUUUAAUUGAAUCUCUGGAAACCAAGGAGAAACUGGGCUAUGGAGGGGCGGAGCCUCACGUACAGGGGGCGGGGCCCAUUCAGGAUAUAGACUCCAACAGUGUGUUCCCUGUACUGGCUUUUAUAGCCACAGGACUGGUACUAUUGUUCCUACUCAAUCAGUACUACAGAGGGCGCUCAAAGCCCCGACGGAAGAGGCCACGCUUAAAAAAGUUUCACACAAUAUUAUACGGAACCAAGGGACCGAGUGUUUAACAGAAGAUACUCCUAGAUGCCAAAUGUAUUAAUAUAAAGAAAAUCCCAAUACAUGUAGUAGAUUUAUUUCUGAAGUUUCUUUACAUGCAACUGUUUGUUUAAGAAUAUAGUUUAUAUGUAAUUCAGUUCAUUCAUUGAAAAAGUCUGAUUAUCUUUUUAAAGGAGCAUGGUCACGAAUUGAUAUCAUAAUUAGAAUGGUUAACAACAGGGGAGGAGGGAAGGGCAUUUCAAAAGAUUGACCAAAAUUUGGUAUCUUUUUUGUAGCUUGUGGCAUUCAAAUUUUGGCCAAGCAUAAGAAAACCCUAGUCAACCAUUCUUGACUUUAAAAAUGGAAAAAUUAAAUGUUGAGCUCAAUUGUGAUCAUACCCCUUUAAUCUUACUGUAGAAUUUCUAUUUCAAAUGGAUACAUUUUAAAAAAUAUUUUUUUUUAUUAAUAUGUGUGUGUUUAUAUGUGUGUGACAUGUGGGAGUGAGAAAUCCAUUCAAAACUCAAAUAUUCUUUAACUUAUUAAUCUUUCAUUGUAGAUACCACAAGUAAAUUAUUAGCUAGUCGGACAUUGAAUCAUUAACAUGUGUAAAAUAAACCAGUGUGACUGCUUUAGUACAUCAUCAUUUUCUCCAUAUUUUAAAUGCAAUGCCCUCAUCCUUUCACAUAUUGUAGUACGGAAAAACUGUUGAAAAAAUUGGAAUGGUUAUCUGUAUAAUUUAAUGCUAAUGAUACUACCAGUAUUUAUUAACAGUACUGGUUCAUAUCACUAAUAAUUUUGAAAGGAAAUGAAUAUCUGAUGUCUUUCAUAGCUCUAGUUGCUAGAUUUUUACUGUGUAUAGUAAUACAAAAUGUACUGUUAUUGCUGCCUAGAACUACUGUACUGUAUUAAUUUUUAACUCUUAAAGAUGCAUGUAUAUGAAAGAUUUUUUUUUGUGAUACACUUAUUGUCAUCAGAUAUGGUCUCAGAUUUCUUUUACUAGAAUGGUACAUUGUACAUGAAUGUUUAUCAGUAUAUCAUGUUUCUAUGGAAAGGAGGAAAUAUUUAGCUGGUGGUUUUUUUCUCAACUAUUGUUUCCAUUUUUACUAACUACAUGUAGCCAUUUAAUUUUUACUUGAUUUUUGUUUUUUGUUUUAAUGUUUUCAUAUUUUUCAUAAUGUUUGCACUAUUCAUCAUUUCCCUUCUUUCUUUCUUUUUUUUUUCUUUUUUUUUAUACAUAUGUGGUACCAUGAAGUGCUUAUUAUCCAAUAUCUGGAAUGAGAAUUUUACUGCAAUUUUAUAUAUAUAUUGUGGUCUAGAUAAAUGAAUAGUGUUUUAUUUUCCAGCCUGAAAAAUGUGUGCUAGGUGUAUGUAGGGGAAAUUUCAAAACAAUUAAUAUUAACUUGUUGUUGUUAAAACUCUGGUGCCUGUAAGAAUGCCCCUCUCAAAACAUCUCAAUGACACUGAUCAUAGAUUUGAUAUUUUUCUAAUGAAUGACAUAAUAUUGUUUUCUAAAAUAUGAGGGGAGACAGAAAUGAGAUUUUCAUUUGUGAAUUCCAGAAUUAUACCUUUCAUAAAAGUUUGCAUUUUUUUUUUAGGGUUGAUUCUAAUUUGAGGUAGGUCAGGGAACCAGAAAUGCUUUAUUUAUUUAUUUAUACUGGACUUACAUUUUAACCUUUACUGGAUUUAUAUGGUGAAAAAAACCCAAUUACAUAAUUCAUGUAGUAUUUUUGCAAAAGUCUUUGUUCAGCAUUGUGAUUAUCAUAACAUGUAUAAUUGGAUUUGGGCAUGUCUUAGUUUUCAUUCAUGAUGAGUUUUUUUUUUUUUACAGAAGGUCAUGAUUAAGUGGUGAAAAAUUAAAAUUUUGAAACCAUUUCUUUUCUUUGUUGUGCAAUUUCUCACAGGGGUCUACAGUUGUAUACUGUAUAAUUUACACGUUCAAUAAUAUUGUCUUGAGAAAUCUAUGCCUGACAUUCAAUUUAGUAUACUAAAUCUAUUACGGUAUACUUCAAAGGAAAGAGAACCCAUGGCUAUGAAUAUGAGGUUAUAUAAUCAAAGUUCCAGGUCAAAUAUCUGGACAAUGCAGAUAUAUCAUACUGCUCAAUAUUUUGAGAACCUUUUGUUUGUCCACUCAGUACUUUAUUUAAAUGUUAACCAUGUGAAAUAUAUCUUUUUAUUUACAAUUAAGAUUAUAGCCAAAUUAUUGUACACGUAUCAUGCUUCUGAUAUAUUAAAAUUUACUGAGAAUAUGCAAAAAAUAUAAAAACUUCUGUA